AUGAAUAGAAACGAUAGGGGCUCGCAUUGGUUGCAGUUACGUAAAACGGUGACUACGACUCACAAAUGGAUCACUCGUGUUUCACCUUUGUGGGCCGGGAAACGGCGCUGGACUCGGUCUUUUGGUCAAUACCGACGUGUCAUAGGAUGUAAGCGACGAGAACAAGCUAUAGCGGCUGUCAAGGAGGCCACCAACGCCUGGAUGAUGAAGAAUUCGGUCAUUGGAGAUGCUAUGGUCACGGUCUCCUGGGAGACAGUUAACCGAAUAGUAGGGAUUUCGACUUACGAACACCAACACUACUACAGGUUAAAACUUCGCAGGUUGACCAGGUGGAAUCAACAGUCACCGUCCCUGGACUGUCUUCAUAUUGGAUGUCAUGACACCUCAUCUUCGCUAUCGCACAUCUUCUGGGUCUGUCAAUCUGCACAGCAAAUGUGGAGUUCUUUCCUAGUUCGUUGGAGGCGUGUUGACGGUGGCGUAGAAAUUGGGACACAAGCGGAAAUAUUCUCGCUGCGACUUGACCUCCCUCCCGAAAAUCUUCUCCUGAGAGUGAAGCGAUAA